AUGCCCCUUUUUCAGCUCUACUCGUCCUACGCUGAAGUGCAUCACGCGCCCUACUUCUGUGCGCUCGUUGACUUGGCGUGUCGGGAGGAGAAGAUUCCCAAGACGCUGCACGAUCUCGCGGAGUCCAACAUGGCAGCAAUAGGCGGUAAGGAGGUGGAGCUCGUUAGCGUGCAGCGGCACGGCACCCGGGCGGCGAUGAAGGUCACCUUGAACCAGGCCUCCGUGGCGAAGCCGCCAUUCAAAAGCCCUCUGAAUGUGAAUGGUGUGAAGGUGGCGCUCACGCCACUGCAGACCACAGGGGGGUCGGAGGCCUUCACCAUGGCUACGUGGCAGGGGGAUGCUGCUGCUGUGACCGAGGCUGCGCUUGAUGCUUGUCUCCGCAAGCAAAUCCAUGCCUUCAACCAGGCGCGAUGCGAGGACCUCAUCGCGAAGCACAGCAAAGAGCUCUACCACGAUCUCUCCAGGACGCGGUCUCACGCCACCUACUUGGAAGACGAGGAACAUAUACGACGCUACGUGGUUCGGCUGGGCCUCGCGGUGCAGGUGGUGGCCCCGGCGAGGCACAUCGCCUUCCAAGCUCUGCGGCAGGACGUCCUGAAGAAGGGAAAGGGCCUGAUGGAGCACACGCUGGCGUCCGCGGCCAUGGCCGCGGCCAUCUUCGUGGUGAGCUGGCUCCUGGAUGCAGAGCAGAAGCCCAGGCUGGCAGAAGUUGCGACGGUCGUCAAGGUGAGCGAGGGCUCUGUACAGGUGGCCUACCGCUCCAUCAGGGAGAGGUUGAGGUCCUUGCUGCCCAAGGACUUCGUCAUCCGCUACAAGCUGGGAAUCGAAGGCUUGCCAAAGCCGCAGGACCCGCCCUCGCGGAAGCGUUCGGCGGAUGCCAUGUGA